AUGGUCUUCAGCUGCACCAUGGGCUGCAGUGCUCACAACCUGACUGCCAAGGAGGUGAAGUUGGCUCUCGUCCAUGCCUCGCUGGAUGGCAAGAGAUAUAGCUGGUACCUCACGGAGUUCCGGGACGAGGAUGCCAACUCGCCCAUCAUCUACGCUCGAACGAAGCUCCGGAAGUCGCCGACCUACAGGGUGCCGUGGCUCACGGUGACGCCGGGCGGUGACUUGAAGCCGAAGGACCUUGAGGAGGUGCACCUCAUCACUGCCUGGGAUGCCUUGCGCUUCGACACCCCUUUGAAGUGGGGCGUGACCGUUGGGGCACCCCAGCGAGUGCACGCGAGAGCGAGUGAGUGCCGUUUCCGCGGUUUGGCGCGCGAGAGCGAGCAAAGCCGGAGCGAGUCCCUACCGAUGCGUGCUUGGCGCGCUGACCGUUGGGUCUGGAGCAAAGUGAAUGGAACAGAAUGGAACCAAAAACACGACCAAGUUGGGAUGGUGAUUGAACCCGGAAAGCGUGGACUUUAG